CUAAAAAAAGCAAACGGUUGGUGAACACCUUCAACUGCCCUCUCUUCCGAGUCUCCGCUAUCCCAACCAAUUGACCACUUCUGUUUACCAAUGAAAUUCCAAAAUAUAUCACAAAUAAUUUUAUAACAACUUAUAAAUCAGGUUUCCCUCGUUGAUGCUCAAGACCUCUACAGCAUUCUUGUGUGACUAAACCAGAUACCGGAAACUUCCGUAGUCCAUUGCGUGACUGACCUUCGGUAAUUCUGUAAAGUGUUUCAGAUAUCGUGGUUAUCUUGAUCAACUUACCAAUGAUGUCCACAAUCUUCGUCAAGCAACUGGUUUUUGCUGUAAUGAUGGUGUGUAUCUCUCUUUAUGGCUUCCGAUUAGGGAGAGCACAAACAGGGAUAUCAGGAACCGGGCUCGGAUAUUUACCUCAGCCUGGCGGUGGUGGUGUGGGUGGUGGGUUUGGUAAUGGUGGAGGUGGAAUCGGAGGAAGUGGAGGAAUUGGUGGUGGAGUUCUUGCUAAAGCACUUGUGUGUCUCACUGAUAAGAUUUAUCGUGGUUGUGGGGAGUCUUAUAGGCUAACUGAGCGCGGAGAAUUGAAUGUCCCACCUGAAUAUACAAAUCAAUUCUGUGGUGGCCCAUGCUUUAAAGAAACAAAUCUUGUCCUCAACUGCAUGAAUGAUGCGUUGUCAAGCUUCCUUUUUUACAAUCGUGCUACGGUGAGGGAUGUGAAAGACACUAUAUUGUCCGGAUGUAGCUCUGGUCCUAGCCGAGGUGACUUCAAUGUGGCGGAGCACAUUCAAGCAUAUGGAAGCAAUUCAUACAAGUUUUCUUACUCUUAUUUAUUUUGUUCCAAGAUCAUAUCAUGUAAUCAUGCACCAACUCAAUGCGCCCUCACAACCAAGAGCGCAUUGGGCUUGCCUAUAGAACAUUUAGCCAAGCUCCAGCAGCCUGCAAUACAUUUGGCUUGA